UAAACACUAUUUAUACUUAAUUGAUGACAUAAAAUUCAAUUAAAAAUAAUAAAUUUCUAAAUUAAAAUAUCAGUGAACUUUCUAAGAAUGUUGUUUUUGUGUUGUUUUUAAUAAAAUAAAUCAGUGAAGCGUCAAAAUUUUCAACUAUUGCAAAAAAGUGAAAUCGUGUUCUAUUGGCUGAAUAUAAUGAGCAGUGAAUUUGAAACGACAUGGUUUAAAAUCAAGAAGAUUCAGAUCGAUGAGUCGUAAAUUAAUUGAAUAAAUUUAAUAAGAAGCAAGAUUUGAUACAGGAGUUACUUGUUCUUCGAGCCAAUUUCAAUUUAAUUGCAGCCUCUCCGAGAGAGAAUUGUCCAUUGGAUUAUUUAAUUGGAAAUAUUCAUCUUUAAAAAAAAAAAAAAAAAAAUACUUUUUGGAACUUCACGACCAAUUUCUAUUAAACGUAAAAAUGGCCUUGUUCCAGAAAGCCAGUGAUUCGGACGAAAAUUCAGAUGUUUUGGUACCUAAGAAGAAAAUACCUCGGCGAGCAGUUUUGGGUGCGUUGAUGUUUUUUGCAUGCAUGUUUUCGUAUGUAAUUCGUACGAAUCUCUCGAUUAUUAUUGUUGCUAUGGUGGAAAGUACAUCAAAUAAAACGAAAGGAGCAUCUUAUUGUGAUAGUAUAUUACUAAACAAUACCACAAUUUCUAAUACAACAAAAUCAUUGCAAGACUUUGGUGUGCGAUACAUGUGGUCACAAAAAAUUCAAGGAUAUCUUUUAGCUGCAUAUUUUAUUGGUGUUUUACCAGCAAGUAUUCCUGCCGGAAUACUUUCGGAAAAAUUCGGAGGUGCAAAAGUUGUUGCAUUCGCAACUGUAGUUCCGGCUCUUUUAAAUCUUUUGGUCCCCGUUGCCGCUUCAGCCGAUGAUUUAUUGCCAUAUUUGGGCGUUUCAUUUGUGUUUAUUCUUCGUUUCUUGAUGGGAUUUUUCGGAGGUUCUGUUUAUCCAGCUCUACAUGCAAUGAUUGCCAGAUGGGUGCCUCCAACUGAAAAAGGAAUGUUCGUUUGGACAAUGCAAGGUGGACCCUUUGGUGCUUUUGUUACGUUUGCUCUUUGCGGAUAUGUGACAUCCACAUGGGGAUGGACAUCCUCUUAUUAUGUAACCAGUACAUUAAUGUUAAUUUUCGGUGCUGUUUGGAUUUAUCUUGCGUAUGAUACACCCGAUACUCAUCCUACAAUUACCGAAGCUGAAAAAAGUUACAUCAAAGAGCAAAUUGGAAAAACAGUGACGAAAAAUCAUCCAAAACUUCCAGUUAAGAAAUUGGCCACAUCAACACCAUUUUUGGCAUUAAUGUGGGCUCAUUUUGCCAAUAUGUGGGGAAUUUACUUUAUUUCAACAAAUGGACCCAAGUACACCAGCGAAAUCAUUGGUUUGAAUAUGAAAUCGGGUGGUGCUAUCACUGGAAUUCCAUAUAUCGCUAGACUCUUCUCUGGAGUUUUAUUUGCCGCAGCAGGAGAUUUUGUUCGAAGGAGAUCAAUAAUGACCGUUGGAUGGAUUAGAAGAAUUUUCAUGAUUUUCUCUCAUGUUGCACCUGGAAUUUGUUUACUUGGAAUGACGUACGCCGGAUGUGACAAGAUAUUUGCUGUAACAAUGAUGAUUUUGGCAUUAGCAUUCAAUGGCGCCGCUUGUCAAACAAGUUUGCAAAAUCAUCAAGAUCUGUCGCCAAAUUAUGCAGGUUCACUUUAUGGAAUUAUGAAUACCUUUGGCAGUUUUCCUGGAUUCAUACUUCCAUUUAUCAUCGGUUUAUUAACCGAUCAACAUAAUGGAAUUGAAGAAUGGCGUAUAGUCUUUUGGAUCUCAGCUGUUGUUUUUCUAUCGGCAACAGUUAUUUUCUGGCUAUUUGGAUCGGCGGAAAUUCAAUCAUGGAAUGAUGUUAGUCAAGAAGAGGUCGCCGAUGAGGAAGUGAAAAUUACCUCGAGAAAAGGUAAAGAAGGACAAAGUGAAGAUGAAGAAAAUGAACGACUUUAAUUUAUUAUCUAGUUCAUUACGUUUCGUAAUUUAAUUUCUCUCAAUUAGUCGAUGAUAAUAAUAAAUAAUACACGAGAAGAUUGCAAAACAAUAAUACUCUCUCAAAUGGGAAUUUUCAAUUUAAACAAAAAAAUAAUAAAGUAGACAUUUUUCCUUUUUUUUUUUUUGCAUUUGGAAAAGUAAAACGAUUAUAUAAAAGAAAAAUGCAUUGUCUAUAUAUAGAAAAAAAAAGUUGAAAUAAUUAAAACAAUAAUUAAUUAAAAAAAGAAAAAUUACGAAGUGGUUCUAAAAUUAAAUCUUUAAAUAUUGUUGCAUUUAUAUCAAUGUUGUGAAUGUUGAAGAUUUAUAUAAUAUAUAAUAAUUCAUUAGAACCACGCAUCACGUAAUUCAGGGAGUUUGACCAAAAAAAAAAACAAACAAAA